ACUUUUUGGGUUAGAUGAUGAGAUAAACUUGAUUAGUUCUCAUACCAUCCAAACCAAAGUUUUUUCAAUAUCUAUGGCUGCUAUCUGCUAUGUAAAUAAUGGCUGCUAUUGUGGAAAAAGCGGCUGCCAUUCUUCCACCACAACACUAUGCUGCUAGGCUGCUAGCUAUGGCCGCUAUAAUGGCCACUACGGCUGUUAUUGACAACACUGAACCAAACGAAAGGAAAAUAAAAAGUAACUCCAGUGUAGUUGUUUAAAUCUGCUAAUUUUAAACCCACCUUUUAAUUUUUUAUUAAUUGCUUGCAUUUUAACAUCACCUAUCUAUCUAUCUAUCUAUAUAAAUAGAUGCUGCUGGUCUUUGAUUUGUUUGACUUGGAGCCUCAGCAAUUAAUUUAAUUUAUGCCA